GUCCGUACAGGAUCGUACCGGACCAAAUCGAUACUUGGACUGGACCGCAUCAAACGAGUAUACUAUGCUCUGAUUAUUGGUUUCACGAUAAAAAAAAAAUAGAAAUUCAUAAACAAAGAUUCUCUUAAGUGUUACGCGAACAAAAAUCCCACCGCCUCCCUCACUCAGCUCCCCGCCGUGGAGCUGCCUUUCGCGUCUCACUGACUCUCUCUAUAUAUAUUUCGAUCCACUCACACAAAAUCGAAAUUCCCCGAUCAGUGAUCGAAGCUCUCUCUGUCUCUGCUCUCUCGAAAGUCGAAACAACCCCAGUAGCUAGCUAGGAGAAGGAGAAGGAGAAGAGAGAAGAUGCAGAUCUUCGUCAAGACCUUGACCGGCAAGACCAUCACUCUCGAAGUCGAGAGCAGCGACACCAUCGACAAUGUCAAGGCUAAGAUUCAGGACAAGGAAGGGAUUCCACCAGAUCAGCAGAGGCUGAUUUUUGCUGGGAAGCAAUUGGAGGAUGGAAGAACCCUUGCAGACUACAACAUUCAGAAGGAGUCAACUCUUCACCUGGUGCUCAGGCUCAGGGGAGGAACUAUGAUCAAGGUGAAAACCCUGACAGGGAAAGAGAUCGAGAUCGACAUCGAACCUACCGAUACUAUUGAUAGGAUCAAGGAAAGGGUUGAAGAGAAGGAAGGAAUUCCCCCAAUUCAGCAGAGGCUCAUCUAUGCGGGGAAGCAGCUUGCAGAUGACAAGACAGCCAAAGAGUACAACAUUGAAGGUGGCUCAGUGCUUCAUCUUGUGCUUGCUCUCAGGGGUGGUAGCUUUUAGAUUCUUAGUUUGCUCUCAAAGCAACAAGCAGCUCCUAGUUAUUGAGCAAAAUUUGAUUGAUGGACACAAUCUGCCUUCAGAAAUUCUGUGGAGAUAUAAUUAUGAUCAGUUAUGAUGAUUUUUGCUACUUGGAGAGAUUUGAGACCAUUGAUUUGGCUGUGAGAAGUAUUCAUGUGAACAAUUUGGCUGCUUCGCUUGUAUCUUGACCUAAACUUCAAAUGCUAGCUCUACUUCCACAUUGCCCCAAGACCCUUGGUGUGAUUAUGCUGUUAGAAAUUGUUGCAUCGCUUUGUGUGUUAACAUUUUCAUCGGGACAAUUAGGGGUAUGUUCGGAUCAAACUAAUGAGAAUCGCGAAUAGGGUAUGUCAGGAUCAUACUCAUGAGAAUCGUGAUCUGAUAGUAAAAUAUAUUUUAUAGU